ACACGGCACAUUUGCAGCGAGUGGUCAUGGCUCCUCGUCUCCCUCUGCUCUGGGCUCGUGGCCGCCGCCUCCUCCUUCUCGCCGUCGUGCUCUCCCAGCUCGGCGCGCUCUCGUGCCAGACCCUCCGCGGCUCCGUCACCUGCCUCGACUGCCCCGCGGGCCACCACCUCUCCGGUGUGGUCGUGACGGUGGAAUGCAGCGGCGGCGCGGGCCCGCACGUUGUGGCGCGGACGGACGGCGGCGGAAACUUCGGCGUGGCAGUGCCCGAGUCGGUGCUGGCCUCGCGGUGCCCGGCUAGGGUCCUCGGCGGCACGGAGCAGCUCUGCGCGCCGCGGAGGCUCACGGUCGCGCGUGUCGUCGUUGCUGGGCGGCCUGGCUCAUACGCGCUGGGAUCGCGCCUCGCCGUCUUCACAAGGUGCGGAGGAGCCGUCGCGACGAUGUCCGCCGGUGGCAGCGGCGGUCAGACGUCACCCCCGAGGCUUGCUCCACGGUUGCCCUCGCCCAGCCUGCCGCCGUUCGUUGGACGCGCCAGCCCGCCAUACGGCCUGGGCAUCCCUCUCAUCUACGUAUUCCCUUUCAUCCCAAUCAUUGGCAUCCCCUAAAUGAAGGUAGCCGUAUUCUGUUGUUUUCUUUCGGCCAAGUUUGCAGUAAUCUGUAGCCAUCCAUGUCAGUGAGGUCGCGUUAUGCAUGUGUGAACAACUACCCAUAAUGUGAGUGUAUUUGUACGUGUUGAAGCCCUCUGCCCUUUGGUCCAUCGUGAGCUGUUGUACAUGUAUAUAUAUAUAUAUAUAUAUACAUUGGAUGUCAAUGAAUAAAGUGUAAUUCUUUA